AUGGUGCUCAUUCUUCUAGUGCUCAAUGGGACCAAUCAGAUUUGCGCUUUCAUAUUCAUUCGGGAAUAUUGUCUACUUUGGAAAAAUCCAACCAAAUUUUGGAAAAGGUCUACCACCAUCAAGAUUGCUGCUUGUAAGAAGCCUCGUAUAGAAGACUACGUUGAGACCAUGUCGGGGGAAGACAUUGUCAUUGAUGAUAGUUUAUACAGUCGGCAGAGAUAUGUGUUGGGAGACAGUGCCAUGCAGAGAAUGGCUCGCUCCAAUGUGCUGUUAUCUGGACUAGGAGGGCUUGGGGUUGAAAUAGCAAAAAAUCUUGUACUGGCUGGAAUCAAGAGUUUGACAAUCCUUGACGAUAAAAAAGCGAGAUAUAGUGACUUAGGAACUCAAUUCUUUCUUCAUGAAUCUGAUGUGAAAUCUGCGAGACUACGAAGUGAUGCUAGUAUUUCAUCAUUAGCUGAACUCAACCCUUAUGUUACAGUAAAGCAAUGUACAGGUAGCUUGGAUGAAAACUCUGGGCUAGAUUUUCUGAAAGAAUUUCAGUGUGUUGUGAUGACUGAGGGGAGCUUGAAGUCCCAACUGAGAGUUGACGCAUUCUGCAGGCUUCACAAUAUACAGUUUAUUUGUGGAGAUGUUUAUGGCGUGUUUGGGUCUGUGUUCUGUGAUUUUGGCAAUGAUUUUGAGAUAUUAGAUCCUAAUGGAGAGGAGCCUAAAGAAGUGUUUAUUGCUACAAUCACAAAGGCCAACCCAGGAGUUGUGACAUGUUUAGAAAAUAGGAUGCAUGGGUUUGAAUCGGGAGACACUGUCACAUUCAAGGAGAUUAAAGGAAUGGAUGUCCUGAAUGGAAAACAAUGCCAGAUUAAAGUGGUGUCUCCUUAUGCUUACUCUAUAUGCGACACAACUGGUCCUGAAUUUAAUCCACACACUGAGGGGGGUAAAGCUAGUCAAUGCAAAGUCCCACAGAAGUUAUCCUUUAAAUCCCUGGAAGAUCAGCUGAAUGAUCCAAACAUUCUACUUGCUGAUUUAGCAAAGUUUCAGGCUCCGGCUAACAUCCAUCUUGCUAUGAUCUCGCUACACAAAUUCCAAGAAGAUCAAAAUAGAUUGCCAAAUAUCAGAUGUGAGAAAGAUGCAGGUGUUAUGCUGAAUAUAGUGAAAACUGUCAAUUCCAAAAUGGCUACCAAAAUGGAGCAAAUUGAUGAGUCAUUGAUACGCCAUCUAUCCUACACUGCCCAUGGCUGUUUUGCCCCAUUAUGUACUGCUCUUGGUGGAAUUGUUGCACAGGAAGCCCUCAAAGCAUUGACUGGCAAAUUUACUCCUCUAAAUCAAUGGCUUCACUUAGAUGCUAUAGAGGUCCUUGAUGAUCUCCAAGCUGAGUCCACCUCUUUCCAGCCAAGAGAGAAUAGAUAUGAUGCAUUGAGAAUGUGUAUAGGGGAGGAACUAUGUCAGAAGCUGUCAAAUCUGAGAUUGUUCAUGGUUGGAUGUGGUGCUAUAGGCUGUGAAAUGAUUAAGAACUAUGCAAUGCUGGGCAUAGGAACAUCAGGGAAGGGCUUAAUAACAAUAACAGACAAUGAUCUUAUUGAAAAGUCGAAUCUCAACAGGCAGUUUCUCUUCCGUCCACACCAUAUACAGAAAGCUAAAAGUGUAACAGCGGCUAAAUCAGCCCUUGAUAUCAACCCUGAGCUGCAUAUAGACCCACAUGAACAUAGGGUAGGGCCUCAGACUGAGAGCACAGUGUAUACAGAUGCCUUCUUCACUGGUCAGGAUAUGUGUGUGAAUGCACUAGAUAAUGUAGAGGCAAGGAAAUACAUGGACUCGAGAUGUGUGACAAAUCAGAGAGCACUGCUGGAAUCUGGUACAAUGGGGGCCAAGGGUCAUGUGCAAGUAAUUGUACCACAUCUCACAGAGUCCUACAGUAGUCAGCGUGACCCUCCUGAUGAAGAUGUUCCAUACUGUACUCUAAAGUCAUUCCCUGCUACUAUAGAACACUGCAUACAGUGGGCCAGAGAUAAGUUUGAAAGUUCAUUUUGCCAGAAACCAGCACUGUUCAAUAAAUUCUGGUCUUCAAAUGGUUCAGCGGAUGAUGUCAUACAGAGGCUGUUGGAGGGAAGUGCAAUAGAGAGUGCUACACAAAUCAGCAAGAUGGUCAGAAACAAGCCCACCAGCUGGCCACUCUGUGUCACCUUGGCCAGAUUGAAGUUUGAAAAAUAUUUCAAUCACAGGGCAAAGAACCUCCUACAUGCUUUUCCGCUUGAUACUCGGUUAAAAGAUGGCAGUUCAUUCUGGCAAUCUCCCAAACGUCCCCCAGUUCCAUUAAAUUUCAAUCCUAAUGUAGACAGCCAUUAUAACUUUGCAGUGAGUACAGCUAGAUUGUUUGCAGAAAUCUGUAAUAUAGAUGUGACACCUGCAGAUCUGAGCAAACAAAAUAUGCUUCAGCUACUUGCAGCAGUGACAGUUCCACCCUUUGUCCCAUCCUCAAAGAGAAUUGAAACAGAUGAGGCAGCAAAGAAAGAAACAACAGAAGAUGCUGGUACAGGAGAUGACUACAAAGAUGCAGGAUUGCUCAUGCAGAAACAUCUCAACCAGACACCAAUAUUUUCUGAUAUGACUGCCCUGUCGUUUGAGAAGGAUGAUGACUCAAAUGCCCACAUUGAUUUUAUAAGUUCAGCCUCAAAUCUGAGAGCUGAAAUGUAUAGCAUUGAAAACACAGACAGAUUGAAGAUCAAAAGAAUAGCAGGGAGAAUAGUACCUGCUAUUGCCACAACAACUGCUGCUGUAGCUGGCCUGGUAACUAUAGAACUUGUGAAGAUAGUGAAAGGAGUUAAACUACAAGACUACAAGAACUGUUUCAUGAAUCUAGCCUUACCUGUAAUGCUUCUAUCUGAGCCUGGGCCAGCUGAGAGAACUAUUGUAAAAGAGGGGUUGUCCUAUACAAACUGGGACAAAUGGGAUGUCACUGGCAACAAAGACUUCACUCUCAAACAGUUCCUUGAUCAUUUUAAAAAGAAGUACGGAUUCAACACAACAAUGGUCGUACAUGGAGUGAAAAUGAUAUAUGUACCAAUCAUGCCCGCACAUAAGAAACGAAUACCACAUACGAUGAUAAAGCUGAUUAAACCUCAUGCUGGUGUAAAGUAUGUAGACUUGGUUGUAUCAUUUGAGGGAGAUGGAGAUGAGGAUAUACCUGGGCCCCCUAUUAGAUAUCAUUUUGGAGUUUGAACCACCAGUCACAAGGCCAACAUGGCCUAUCAGUUAGACACCACAUUAGACUUUCAGUAAACUGCUUCUGUGGCCUCAUGGUUUUUGCCUGUAGAUGACAUUGAUAUGCAGGUUUAUAGAAAAUAUUAAUUCCUUACUCUGGCCUAGAAUAUUUUUACUGCCUGCCUUACCACAAGGAUUCAGAAAUGCUAACAGAAUGACCCAGGCUAUUCAUAGUACCUUAAGGAUUCAGAAAUGCUAACAGAAAGACCCAGACUAUUCAUUCUACCUGACCUACCUUAAGGAUUAGUGGAAGAAAAAUCAAGAAAA